UCCUUCUCUUCUCUUCUUUUCUUUUCUUUUCCUCUUCGAGAAAAUAUAAAAGAAAAAUUUUCCUUCUGAAAUCGCAACAACGAAACGCAAGCUCAAGAUUCCCGCCAAAACCGAUGCUAGGGUUCUCUCUUCCGCUUCAGCUUCGCCGCUACCACCACCACCAUCAACCUUUGGUUCAAAACACUAGAGUACCCAAACCAUUCUAUCCACCGAUUCCUUCUUUUCCUCAAUAUCCGCCACGAACUGUUCCCGGAUUGCGAGCGAGUUUUUCGGUUGGUUGCGGUACGGGCUCGCCGGUAUUUUCGUCGCCGGAGGAUGAGUUGGACGUGGAGCUGGGGCGUCUGCUGGCGCUGUUGCCGGAGGAGAUGCGGCGGCGAGUGAGCGACCACCCGGAGGUGCAGCAGUUGAUGGAAGUGGUGAUGGAUUUGGGUCGGAAGCCGCUGGCUAGGUUUCCCUCCGGUGAUUUUGUGAUAUCGGAUUAUCCUAUUACGGUUCAGGAUAUCGAGCACGCCACUGCCCAGGUUGGUGACUUUGCUAUUGAUAAUCGAGCAGGAAUCAGCAGGACAUUGCAUCGGAUUAGUGCUAUCAGAAAUCGCAAGGGUGCAAUUAUUGGUCUAACUUGUCGAGUUGGCAGGGCAAUUUCAGGAAGUGCUAAAUUGUUGCAAGAUUUGGUUCAAGAUGGGGCUUCUUUGUUGCUCAUUGGUCCUCCAGGGGUAGGCAAAACUACAAUUAUUAGAGAAAUAGCUCGUAUGCUGGCAAAUGAUUACAAGAAGCGUGUGAUGAUUGUUGACACCUCCAAUGAGAUUGGGGGUGAUGGUGAUAUACCUCAUGCUGGAAUAGGCAGUGCUCGACGUAUGCAAGUUCCCAACUCUGAUAUGCAACAUAAGGUAUUGAUAGAGGCGGUUGAAAACCACAUGCCACAAGUGAUUGUAAUUGAUGAAAUUGGUACAAAACUUGAAGCAAUGGCUGCCAGCACUAUAGCACAACGAGGGAUCCAGCUUGUUGCCACUGCUCAUGGUGUCACAAUUGAGAAUCUGAUAAUGAAUCCCUCAUUAGAGAUGCUUGUUGGAGGAAUACAGAGCGUGACACUUGGGGAUGAAGAGGCCAGUCGCAGGGGUGUUCAGAAGACAGUACUGGAGAGGAAAGGCCCAUCAACAUUUAGUUGCGGAGUGGAGAUUAUUUCAAAGACGGAGCUACGCAUUCACCGUAGCCUUGAAGCAACUGUAGAUGCUAUACUUUCUGGUCGUUUUCCCCAUGUAGAAGUGCGCAAGAUGAAGUCUCAAGACGAGGAAGAGAUUUCACAAAAGGGACCUGUUAUAUACACUUCUCUUGAAAAGAAUGGUGAAUUUAUGUUUGAAGAUGCUCCAGAUGGGCCUGAUGACCAAACUAGCCAAAAGGAAUCACCUUCCAGGUUGCCUAUUGAAAUGGUAGAGGAUUCCUGGGAACACAGGUUGCCACUUCGCCUGUUUUGUUAUGGGAUUUUAGAGGCAACUGUUAUACAAGGGAUUAAACAGUUGAAAAUGAAUGAUGCGGCCCUUCAAUUGACGGAUAAUAUUAGUGAGGCAAAUGCUUUACUUGCCCUGCUAUCCAAGCUUAAGAAGAACCUGAGGAUUCAGGCUGCUGCUAAAUCUCAUGAUAUUCCCAUUUAUGUGACGAAGACAAGUUCUUUGGAGCAAGUAACAAAAGCCAUACGAGCAUUAGUAAGUGAUCAUGAAGAUGGUUUAAAGGAUUUUGCAUCAAUGGAUAAGAUAAAACUAUCAGAGAAGGUUGAUGCUUUGGAGGAGGCAAGAAUGGCUAUAGAGCAUGUAGUAAUUCCAAAGGCAGAACCUGUGGAUCUACUCCCAAGGUCAUCUCACAUAUUAUCUCUUCAGCUGGACCUUGUUCGUAAAUACCAACUAGAAGCAAGGAGAAUCACUGGGGAGUCAGAUGUACAUCUGCGUAUCUUUCCAUCCAAUUAUGGGACAGAUGAAGUAAAAUCUAAUGAAACUUCUGACUUUGUUGGUGAAUUUGAUGAUUUGGCCUCCUCCAAUGGCACUGCCAAUGGUUCACUCAACAGCUCGGAUAGAUUGCCCCUGCUACCUGAUUAGUUAAUAGGUCUACCUGAUUAGUUAAUAGGUCACUUAAAUGUAUAUAUUGUAUAACUUAUUCAUACGUUAUAUACUCGUAAUUUAUGGAGAGUCUCAUGCCUUGUAGCCUUCAUUUGUAUUGUUGCGUCUGCCUUAUCGUAAUUGGUGAGUAAUAUGUGGAGACCUAUAAGUCGAGAAUUUCUU